UAUGGUAGAGAGAAAAGGGGGAGGAUCACGACAGGGAGGUGUUGGCCUGGCACCGUCCUCUCCAAUCCCCGACACAGUUUUACUCUCUUUUCGUCCCGCCCAUUUAACUGCGUCCAUUUUUUGCGGAAAAGUACAAUUAGUUUUACUUUUCCCUCUGGCAGCUGCCGUGACGCCGAUUUUGUGGUGCUCCUCACAAAGAAAGUUCUGCUCUGAGGUCGCUUACUCCACGUUACUGCUGAGCGCUCGUUACAAACUUCCCCACAAGGAGUGGGGAGGGAGUUCUGCGUGAAGAACCUCUCGGUUGCUGAUCGGCCCUCCGCCUCCCCCAGUUCCUCAGCUUCUUGACUCUUCCGCUGAGAUGAGAGUGAUUCCCUGCACCCUGCUGUUACUGAACGAGAUUCUCAUCUCACUCCAAGGUGAUUUUACCCUAUUUGUACCCGAUGAGCCUCUUGUAGCAAUCACAGGUGAAGAUGUUGUACUGGAUUGUGAGCUGCUCCCACCAUCCUCUGCCAGCAACAUGACAGUGCAGUGGCUGAAAUCAGGUCUCAGCUCACCCAUCCACGUGCACAGACAUGGACAAGAUGAUCCCCUCGCUCAGCACCAGGAUUACAGAGGAAGGACAGAACUGUUUAAAGAUGAAAUUACCAAAGGAAAUAUUUCCCUCAGAAUAAAGAACGUAAGGCCAGAUGAUGAAGGGCGAUAUACAUGUUCAGUUGAAGACAGAACUGGCUUCAGACAAUCUGCGGUGGAACUGCGUGUUCGAAAUGAUCUCUUCCCUGCUGUUCCUGAAUGGGUCCUGCCACUGGUCGUCACCAUUUGUGUUGUAAUUGCUGCUAACUUCACCCUGAUUUAUUGGAAUGUGAAACAAAACAGACGCAUAAAAGAGCUGGAACUCCAGAAGUCCGUCAUAGAAUCUGAGCUGGAACUUCAGAAAUUCAUCGUAGAAUCUGAGUGGAAGAGGAUAUGUGGCCAUGAAGUCUCUGUCACCCUGGAUGUGGAAACAGCCAGUCCAUCUCUCAAGGUGUCUGAGGAUCGGAAGAGUGUGAGAUGGGCCGGGACCUGGAGGGAUCUCCCUGACACCGGGAAGAGGUUCACAAACUGGGAAUGUGUGCUGGGAUCGGAGGGAUUCACAUCGGGGAGACAUUACUGGGAGGUGGAGGUGACGGGGAAUCGGCACUGGAGUCUGGGAGUCGCCGCAGAAUCUGUGGAGAGGAAGAGAUCGAUCGGAACUACUCCUGAGUGUGGAUUCUGGAUCAUCAGGCGGCGUGAUGAUGUGAUGAAGGUUUACACCUCCCCUGAAUCCCCUCUCCUUGCCGGUCCCAUCCCCAGGAGGGUGGGAGUUUAUCUCAGUUACGAGUCCGGGACAGUUUCAUUUUACAACGCGGAGACCAAGUCCCAUCUCCACACCUUCACUGGGAAUAAGUUCACGGAGAAACUGCAUCCUUUCUUGGAGACUUGGGAUAAAAACCAGUGGCUCAGAAUCUGUUCCGGGACUGUAAACGGGACUGACGUCAGGAGUAAGUCAGUGUAAAUAUAAAUGUGCGGAGAGUGAAAUAAACAUGAUGUGAGAAUUAUCGAUCCAUUAAUUU